AUGGCAUUCGCGUGCCUUUGCAGCCUUCAAAAAAGUUAUCGUGGGAAUUUAAGGCGAAUUUCACUUUUUGUUUUGACCUCUGUCCAAUCUUCCCUCAUCAUGACCUUUCCAUUUACUGUAAUAUCUCAAGAGACGUUAUAUUGGGAUGUUGUCUCUUCGAUGUAUGAAUGUCGAGGCGUGGCAAAAUGA